AGGAGGAGCAAGAGUAAUAGAAAAAGAAGAGGAAAUAGCGCAGCAUAGUCUAUGUCAGUGGGAAGGAAAUCGUACAACUUCGGAUGUGCUGCUUCUCUUCGACUUUUUACUCUGAUGCAAAGAAAUGAGUGUCUUCAGCCUGCAGCAGCAAUUGCAGCCCCCCCCUACAGAAACACAUCCUAUAAUACAGUGUAUAAUUGACAAUGAUCUUGAGGAGCUGCAAAAAUUACUUCAGGACAACAGCAUUGAUCAAGUGUAUCCAUGCAAAAAGUGGAAUGACGAUAUAACACCACUGAUUGCUGCUGUUAUUAACCACAAGAGGAACAUUUGUACUUACCUUUUGCAGAGGGGUGCAAACCCAGAUGUUCCUUCCCAAAAUGGCUUUACACCUUUGCAUUAUGUCUCACUAUCAAAAGCACCACUUCGUUUUGUGAAAAAAUUGCUUGAAGCAAAAGCUCAUUUAAAUGUAUGCUAUCUACAACAACCCCUCACACCACUGCAUACUGCAGCCAUCAAAGACAGGGAAGAUGUCUUAAAAGAGCUCAUUGAUGCUGGUGCACUGGUAACAUUGUUCCCAAUCAAUUAUCCUGAAAGUAGCACUCACAAUAAACAACUAUCACAGAUGAUUCACGGCCUUGCAUCAAAAGGACAUCAUUUAGUCAAAGAAAUUGGUCAUUUUGUGGAUAUGGAACGUGCUUUACAAAAGAAUCCACCUGAAGAAGUGUUCAAAACCUUUGACAGUCACAUGCUGCUGGAGCAUCCUCAAACCCAUCUGACCAUGAUUGAGAUACUUUUUAAUGUAAGUGGACCAGAUGCGGAAAAGUACCGCCAGCAAUGUAUCAAAUGGCUGAAGGACACUGGAAGUGUGGACACCUACAUUGCAGGUGUAGUCAAGCGCCUUCCAAACAUUUCCGUGCAGGGUUGUGCACAUCAAGCAAUUUUUUGUUUGUGUGUAGUUUUGUGUACUGUUGAGACUGUAGAGAUAACAAAUGAGCAAGCAUGUACCAUGAUCCACCAACUACUGGAAAAGCUUGGCUCAGAAAACAGCCCUGAUGAAUGUCAUGAUAUUUUGAGAACACUCUAUGUGAUAACACAGAAAACAGAAGGCAAACACGGCUGGGAGCCCGAAUUUAUCGUGAAGUUUUGCAGAACAAUAGUUCCCUUUGUGCAUGAAAAACACUCCACUAAAACGAGAGCCUUCACAUACGGCAUAUUUGGAAACUUGGUCCUAGUCAAAGAUGCAGUUAGCUUCAUAACAUCAGCAGGGAUAACUUCAGUGCCUGAUGACGUACUGACAUUUGCAGACAUGAAUAUGCUAAAAGAUCUUAAAGAAGUGCUCAGACGAUUGAAUAAUCAUCUGAGCAAAUUAAACUCAGAAAGUGAAGACUUACCUGGAUCCAAGAAGAAGAAGAAGAAGAAAAAAGAAGGAAGAAGAAGAAAAGCAAGGAGCCCCAAAUGAUGCAAAUGCCCCAAAUGAAGGAGCAGCAGCUGAGCGACAGCACGUCAACACCACUGUUACAUCAAUAAAAGACAGAUGGCUUCCAGUCAGCGAGAAAUGGAAAGAAAAAUUAGAGAAGCUCUUGAGCUCUGAUGGAAGUAAAGUAAUCAGAAUUGGUAGCAUGAUAUAUGUGAAUAAAGAAGAAUUUCGCAUAGCGAAGGGAAGUGAUGGUACAGAAGUCUUCUUGGGGUUCAGAGAUGAUGGCACUGAAGUUGCUAUCAAAAGAAUAUCUAAAUGCAACUAUGAGGUGCUGAAGAAUGAGGAAGGAUUUCUACGACUUCCAGAGCUUGAUCAUCCAUCUAUCGUACGAUACAUUGACUUUGCAGUGGAUGAGUUCUUUGGAUAUCUUGGUCUUCAACUUUGUGAAUACACCCUGGAAGAAUACAUCAAUGACAAUAAAGAGGGUGGUCUGGAGAUGAAGAAACAUAUCUCUCAGUUCCUCGAAAGUUUAUUGGUGCUUCAUUGUCAAAAUCCUCCAAUUCUCCACCGGGAUAUCAAACCGCAGAAUGUAUUUCUUGACGUAAAUGGGAGGGUAAGAUUAGCUGAUUUUGGCAUCUGUAGACGGUUACCCAAAGGCCAAACAACUUACCGUACAGGUGCUGCUGGAACGAAGUGCUGGAAAGCCAAGGAGACAUUAGAAGAAGACACUGACAUACCAUACAAGUCCAACACUGAUGUCCAGGUGGCAGGGAUGCUGAUAUAUUAUAUCCUCUCUGGGGGACACCAUCCUUUUGGCGACAAAGCCUGUAAGUGUGAGAACAACAUUGAUGAGGGGAAGUACACGUUGGACCAUGUUCAAGAUGUGGUGGCAAAGGAUCUCAUUGAGUGGAUGAUCAACGAAGAGCCAAGGAGGAGACCUAAAGUUGAAGAAUGCUUGAGUCAUCCUUUCUUUUGGGACCCAGACAAGAGAGUAGACUAUUUGAAAAUGGUUGGAAACAUCAAGGAAGUGGCAAACUACAAAAAUGCUGAUCCAGAAUUAAUUUCUUCACUGGAAGAACAUGCUGGAGAGGGAUCCUACAAACAGUGGAAACAUCGGUUUCCAGAAGAGCUGGUCCAGAGAGUGGAGGGUAAGAAGAAAUCCUACUCUGAAGAUAUUCUGGGACUGCUGCGCUUCAUUCGGAACCUCCAUGAGCACUAUGAAGAGGAUGUCGCCAAACUUGAUCUGCUGUCGAUGUUUCCUGAUCUGUUUGGAGGUGUUUAUAUAUCUGCAAAAAGCCAAGGGUGGAACAUAAAACCUUCCCUUAAAAGAUUGUUUAGAACAGAAGAGUUUCGCAGAGACAACAUCACCAGCAGAUCUGCAGCGCCACCCACAAAUCCUGAUGAACAUGUCAGUUGCCCAAUUCAAGAAACUCAACAAGUAUCCACAAAGCCAGCUUAAAAAGUGGCACUAGGCUCAUCUUCCUCGUGAUUCCAAUUUAUCAAGGUCUUGCUUGAUAAGUGGUCACCAAGUGGUUUUGAAAAGAACUGCUGCCUUUAGCAAUAAAACCUGUUGCUGGAAGGUUUUAAAUCAUAACAGCAAAUCCCACACGAUAUGUUUUUGUUUUUUCUUAUAAGUGUUCCUUAUAAAUGGGCCUCCUUUUGGGUGAAGGUCUUUGACUUAAAGCCACUUGACAAACCACCCAGCCCAAAGUGAGGGCCUGCAUUUGCUGAUAGACAUGUUUAUCUAGAUGUUUUUUUUAUCUGUAUGUUUUGUUGAUCUAUUUUUUUGCAAACCUCUGGAUGUCAGAUGAUUGGCUCUUAUCUAAUAAGUAAUAAGAAGUGUAUAUUUUUCACAUGGAAACACACCAGCAAUGUCAUUGUAAAAAGUUGUCAUUUUAAUUAGUCUAUGAAAAGAGGCCAUGGUAAAUAUUUCCCCAAGCUUCUCUUGUAACAGCAUAGACCAAUUAUUUUCAGUGGAGUGUGUCCUGUCCUCUAAUAUGACAACUGGACAGGUAUGAUGUCACCAUACACAAGACUUUACAAGAAAUCAAAUCACGUCUCGACUAUGUAUUAAGAAUAAAUGCAUUAUGCUGUAAGUCCAGCCAAAGAUGAUCAAAUAACACAAAAGAAAUGUUGGAAUUUAGGCCUGAUAAGUUUACCACGGGCUGGAAAAGGGACUUCUUAACGAAUUAGUUUUUCUCUCUUAUUUUUGUAUUUUGUCUCAGUCUUCUGACUUUUUUUUAAAUUUUACAUUCAAAGACAUUUGCAUUUUUUUGGAAAAUACUGUAAAUCACUGUAUGUGUUAUUUUGUUUCUAUUUUACAAAACUAAAAACUCAAUGCAUCUUUCAAAGAAAUAAAGGGCCCCUAUUUAGGGUUAAGACUUUUUCUGUGCAGGCUUGAUCACAUCUCUUUUUGUACAGUCACUUUGGAAAAGUGAAAUGCUUGAAGCCACAUGACUAAUCACUCAGCCUAAAUAUGUGAGGGGGCUCCGUUGGCUGAUAUGUGUUUGUAUACGACUCUUUUAUAGAAACAUUUUGAAUACUUUUAUACUUUUUUGCUUCAUACACAUCUUCUGUAAUUGAUAUUUGUGACAUGUUGGAUAACAAUCCUGAUAAAAGCCAUGGGCAAGAACUUGAUUUUCCAACAGUAAAGUUGGUCUUUCUACCAUACAUGAUUUUAUGAAAUGUGCUCUACAAAUAAAGUUUGAUUGAUAUACUACAA